AUGUCUGUGACGGGUGUUUUUAGCAAAGGCCGCGGCAUCGGUCAUGCAGCAGUCACAUCCAUCCUGCGCUAUAUCCCACGUGCCCGCGUGCCGUGGCAGCCGAGCCGCUUUGGUCGGGAGAACCUCUCGGCGAGUGAUCUGGCGGUUUUGUGGAGCCGCGGUCGCUACCGCGAUGGCCCCGGAAACUACAAUAGCGGGUACCACACGGAAAAGACACAUGUGCUUGAGGAUAACACGGUGACAAUGAUCCCGAAGCAUGAGCUAGAGAAAUAUAUGCCGGAUAUAAGCAUUGGGCCCAAGGCACUUGUGACGCCUGUGUCACUGAUGAGUGCUCGAAAUGGUCAUCGCGUCACGCAUGACUUGUUGCAUUCAUACGACCCUCACAUUGGUCGGCUGGAUAAACCAGCUGUGGUGGACCACGACAACAUUACCGUUGAAGACCCGAACCGUGUGGGGCUGAAUGCUGCAACGCUCGACUGUCGUGGACGUAUUUACCGCUGGUUACGCCGUGGGCCAUUCUUUCAGGAGGAUCAUUACUUCCGACGGUCACUGAGACUUAACCGCGAUGGCACCGUACCUACCGCCGCGCACGAGGCCCCGCUGAUGCGCAAGAUUGUGCGUCUUGCCCAACGUGGUCAUCUUAAGGCGGCAUGUGAAGAGUACCGCCGCGUUACAACUGUACCACCUGUCGAAGUGUACCGUGCAUUAACGGCCUGUUGCAUUCCAGGAGGACUUAUCGCUGACGCAGUAGCUAUUUUUGAGGAUGGCAAUUCAAAACUUUUUUAUGUCGCACGCGAUGGGGAAGUGCUACAUAACGUGAUGCGUUGCGCCAUAAAGGCGAAAAACCGCGUACGUGUUAUGUGGGUCUACAAUGUCAUGCGGGGACGGUAUUAUGAGAAUGUUAUUGUACGUGCGGAGAUUGACCCUAUUUGGCGCUAUCGUAUUGCCCUGCUUGCGCUGGAGUACUUUCUUGAUCACAAUUGUGCCGAAGAGGCGGGGACGGUGUAUAGCUACCUUGUGGAAGAGGACCUCCUGCAGUGUGAUGUCCAUUUGCGUGUCGGUCUUCACAUGCGAGAGGCACUCUCGAAGGGUAAGAGCGUAGGCCUUAGCGACGAGGUGUUGCGUGCGACGUCACUGGUGACGGACGUUGCAACGGUAGCACCGGAGGUGGCGCGUGAGCUGUACCAGCGACAUGUUGAAGCCCUACGCGAAAAUGAGAAAAGUAAUGAUUGUGACAUGAACACAAAGAAUGAUGGCGCGACGGGGUGUGCGUGGUCGGCGCAUGGCCUACUCACGGCCUUGGACUUUACGCAGAAAGAUGAUGCCUUGCCAUGGAUGCAGCAGAACUUUGGUGAUGUUGACGUUGCCAGCGUCCUGCGGUGGGCCCGGUUUUACCACUCCAAGGAUUUGAUGGCCAAAGAUCGACCGCGCUACCUGGCGCGUGCCGUAGCGUGGAUUGAAUUGCUUAGCAAGAGGAGUCACAUGAUGGAGGAAGCGCCGCUCACGUACAUGCGAAAGUCCAAGCCGUUGUCUCUCAAUACGAAUUCGAAUUUACGUGUCGCAUGGCAAACCCCCGUGGCGCGGCCAGACGGGCCUCCACGACUGCUGGCACGCGAAGAGGGCUACACAUUCCACCACAACGAACACUCCCGCUUUGUCACCGAGACAUACCGUCAUCCAGGGGAGACGUUGCAAUCCCGCUUCUUGGCAAUGCAGCCUAUUCACACGGAAGUCUCUGCCAAAGAGGAUUUCCAGGAGAUAUACGCGCAGCAGCAAGAGCAGCGAGCACUGCCUAGCGGUGUCGUUUCCCCCACAGCACGCAUCCUGCACCACUCGGUUACAAGCGAGAUACAUGGAGGCGGCGGUGGCCAACAUCACCGCAGUAUGUCCAGGGCAGAAUCAAGCACUGGUGGGGCAGUGAAGAAGGAAAAGUUGAAUCUUGUGAGUCCGCAUGUGGCAGCCGAAAAACGCGGCGGCAGUGGCACAGGAAACAUUGGUGGUACUGCUGCUGGUGGUGGCGUCACGCCGGAGUUUUAG